AUGGCCCUCGCGACCAGGAGGCCGCUUCAAAUACAAACUCACGUAUUCGAUCCAAGGAACGAUGGCUUGGACGAAGCUGACGUCGAGGACGAGAUGCAUGUCUCAGAGGUCUAUGCCGCAGGAGUAAAGAGGUUGCUGGCAGGGGCUCUUAGCCUACAGUGCUCAUUGGCAUCAGCAUUAACCGACUUGAUUAUGUUCGUCUACUCCCCUCGGCGAAUGUCCCACAGCCCAACCAACGCGAGUGACUCGCUGGAACAGACGAUGCGGAAGCUCAAGAGGAUCGAAUCAGACACCAAGGCCUGGUUUGAACGAGUGUCCAAAUUCCUGCCCUCAGUCCCCACAGUGUGUGACUCCUAUGAUAGUUGUGUCUUUCAGCUGGAGGUCUGCCAGCUGUAUCACUGGGCCGGUCAAACCGCGCUACAACAGUACAAAAUCCUGCUUCUGGAAACCCAGCCCGAGUACGCUCGCGCAGGGGAGACAUUCCGCAAAGAAGCUGUCCGGAAGAUGCUGGCAGAUUCCAUCGUCGGGCUGAACAGAAGCGUAAGGGCUUACGCAUUGCGUGGCAGCGCAUGCUCCCUACCAACAGAAGUGUAA